UGGUAAAAUCAUCAUGACGUCUAUCUGAGAAAAAAUCGAGGGUCACGCCCCGGAGUGAGUCUCGGGGGAAGUGGUGUUAUGUGGACCUCUCUGUUGGAUCCAUACAUAUAUUACAUCUGUGUUGCUCAACACUCAAUCCGACUAGACAACUCUCUGCCCACAUCCACCAACCUCCUAAAGCAAACACUCAUUGACACAUCCCAAAUACAAUGGCAUUCGACACUACUGUUCGUCGGGGACACCCAAUCCUCUUUGGACUCAUCCUCCUCUUCUCCUUGAUCGAGGGAUGUGACACGGCGUAUAUUGUCGGACAAUACAACAGUGCCGACAACUACCCUAACCACUCGAUCCGAGACAGAUCUCGAUUCCUCGUCUUCACCUCAUGGUGGACCGUCGUCUUCUCGGCUCUCUACCUCGCCUUUUACCUCACGGGAAUUUUUGAGAUCUUCACUUCGAUUGCCAGUCACGGUGUCUGGCUCUUCAUCACUUGGGUCUUUUGGCUUGCCGGAGCCGCUGCCUGGUCCGCCGCUCUCAGCGGAGGCGUUUACUGUGGCGUCCCCGGAGAAAUCGGACACUACCACUGCCACCAGCUCCUCGCUGCAGAAGCCUUUGCCUGGAUCACAUGGAUCCUCAUGACCUUCGCAUUGAUCGUCGUCAUCUUGCUCGGAUCCAGAGCUCUCCGAAGUGGAAACCGAUUGAGCGGAGGAUUGACCGAGUAGAGAAGUCACGAGACACGGCGAGAUAACACCUGGCGUCUUUUGUGCCUGGAGUUGAAAGCAAUGUCAUGUUGUCGCUUUGGUGGAGGAGGUGAGGAGCGGAGGCUUUGACGGACGAUGGUGGAUCGGACAAUUUCGAAGAGUCAAUCCCUCUAGAUGCGGCGCGCAGUGGGCCUGCGGAGGUGGAAAGUGUGUGCGAGAGAAGAGGAAGCCUGAUACACGUGUGGAAGUGCGUUGCAUUGAAGAGGAGUAAACCUGUCUCGGCGAUUCGUUAAAUACAUAUUCACAUAUAAUCACUUUGAUACAGAACUGUUUCUUGUGAAUCGCUGAAAGACUGUC